AUGGGUCUAAAAGAAUUUAUGAUCGAAAACUUUGAUUGUUUGAAAUAUAGAAAUUUCCAACCCAUAAUCAUUGAAGGAAAAACAUAUGCAUUAAAAUGCCUAAAUAAUAAAGAUUUUGAUUACAAAACUAUCAAAAGAAUAAGAAAUGAGAUCAAAACUAUGCACAAUCUUGAUCACCCUAAUAUUAUCAAGCUAUAUGGAAUUUCAAAAGACCGGGAAAAUGUAAUUCCUGGUACACCUUCAAGUUACUCAGAUCUUUACAGAAGAUGCUGGUCUUCUUAUCCAGAUCAACGUCCAUCACUGGACCAAAUUUUAAGUGAACUUGUAGAAAUCAUGACGUUUACGACUGUUGAUAUUAUUACAAAUCGCAUUUCAAGUGAUUACUAUGAUUAUGAAAAAAAAG